AUGCCGCCGCCGUCCGCCGCCGCGCCCCCCGCCCUCCAGGAAGCCACGCGCCAUGCCACCGGCACCUGGCAAGACGACCUGAAGGCUCUCUUCGACCACGCCAAAGACCGCUUUCCCGAUGUCGUUUGGGAGCUCUUAAACGAGCAUGACAGCAAUGCCAAGGGUGCAGAGGAGGUCUGGGGUCACAAAGCCGUUGUCUAUGCACGCGCACCUCCGAGCUUCCAAGCGCGUUAUUUCUCCUUCAAGCCCGCUCCUCUGCCCGCCUCCCCUCUUCCGUAUUCUUCGUCGCCCACAGGCACUCUUCCCGCACAGUCUGCGCUCUCCCUCACGCUCGGUGUCGAUUUCACCUCAGUCUCUCGCUCCCCUUCUCCCUUCCGGGCACCCUCCCCUGCUCCGUCGGCCAGCACUGGUGCUGUGCUUCGUAUCCCGAUCGCUAUCAACCCAAUACUCUUCUGUAAUGAACUCGAGUAUCUCUACACCGGCAAAGGCUUUGGUGAAGCGUUCGAGUUCCUCUUCGACUCUACCGCGUCUCCAGAGGAAGGCAACGACGAGGAUGCACGUAUAGACAAGCUCCGCAAGGACCUUGUCUUCAUGUGGCGCUCACGCUUGUACUCGGACAUCCGCAUCUCGCUGACGGGAAUCUUCUCGUCGACGAACCACGAACCGACCACCGCCAUAUUCUCAUCCCAUCGCUUCAUGCUGGUCUCUCGCUCUGCCUACUUUCGCACUCAACUUUUGGAUUGGGCGGACUCAUUGAAAGCGUCUGGUGAACCGUUUACGGUGACUCUGCCCUCUCCUCCCUUUACUCCCGCUUCGCUACAUUUCACCCUAGGCUUUAUCUAUACCGGAACUCUCGCCUUCUCGAACCGCACCUUCGAUCUCGACACCUCUUUCCACAUCAUGCGCUCUGCCUCCUACCUCUCUAUUGACACGCUAUAUGACGAAAUACAGGCACGCAUCGUCCAGGAGAUGAUGCACGGACUCUUCCAUGCUUUCCUCGAGUUUUCCGAGUACGAGGCUGCGACGGGAGGAAAAUGGGGCUCAGGCGGAUGUCGCUGCCGACAGUGUGCGCGGCGGGCUCCACGGGUGCUCGAGUUCGCGCUCUCCGACGAUGUUAAGAACCCUCACCUAGAGCGGGGCGCGAGGCGCGCUCUCGUUGGACUGUUCGGAGAAGGCUGGUGCACCUCGGAGUUCGCCAACCUACCACAGAAGACUCGCGAUGCCAUCGUCAAGGGUCUGGCGAAGCGGACCACACCUAUGAACAUCUUCCCUCUUCUGUUCGCCUCGCACGCAGCCCUUGCAAGACUGGGUACCAUCAUUGACAAUUGGUCCGAUACCAUCAAGGAUAUGGUCCUGGCGGGACGCAAGACGAUCGACGAGGUCAUGUGCUCGCAAGCGGACCAGUGCUUCGAGCAGCCGGAAUGGCUCGAUAUCAUGGAGUCUGACGGCGUACGGUUCGAAGACGGGGAGAGAGUAGAGUGGGCGAUGGAGUCUAUUCGGAGAGGACUGAACGAGAAGAAUGCUGCGGCUCUCUAUCAGACCCUCGUUUCUGCGGUACUUCUGCGUCCGCACCCGACUGAGCCAGACCAGGCAAUGCUGUCUGCGACCUCGCACGUUCGUGUGUCUGUAGAGCAAGCUCGCAUGGACAUCCUAAGAUGGCUUCGAAGACGGUACCUGAACGUGAAGCAAGAAGGUGGCUUCGACUGUCUCGAGCCUUGGGCUGCGAAGGAGAUUGCGUCUGAACUAGAACUCUCUGUAGACGAUAUGUUCAGUCCCGUAUCGCCGUCUGCGGCACCAAGGGGCACGGGUAGAGUUGGUCCUCGUGUCAGUGCUGCAAAGGCCGAAGACGAAACUGGCAGCAUGCAUUCGUUGCGCACUGGGAUCCCCAAAUACUCCACGACAUCGAGAGGUACGGACACCGUCAAAUCCUCGAACGCAUCCACCAGAUCCGUCGCAAGAAGUACACUCUCCGUAACCUCAAAAACGAGCACUGUCACAACCACACGACGUCUAGCAUUGUCGACGGGUCGUCCGGACUCAAAGCUGACGCCUAGCCAUGUCACAAGCCCGUCUUCUGUGCGCUCUGGCCUGACAUCUAAUGGGCCGGCGUCGUCUCACGCCUCCGGCCGCACCAGUCUGUCCCCGGUGCCUGGCCGCCGCAACGUAUCGGGCAGCUUGUCACCCGGAGAUCGUGGAUCCAGGCUGCGUUCGAGUGUUGCCUCAGUCAAGUCACAGACAUCAACAAUUCGCAAACGCUCCCCCGCCAGACCGUCGUCUCUCAGGCCGUCGUCUGCUCUCUCAGGCCGGCCACCCUCGACCAUGUCCAACACGACGAGCGAUGUAUCGACUGCGUUCGAGACCGCGAAAACCGACAUCACCCCGGUCACCGCGCGCAGUCGCCGUGGUUCGACGGCCUCGUCCGUAUCUAAUAUGAGUGUGAAAACGACUGGCACCUCCCGGACGACGGCAACCUCGACGUCGAGGUUACCGCGGUCGCGCGCUCCAUCAACGGCGUCGAAGCCUACUACACCACUGAGGAAGCGACCAGCACCCUCCCCUGUAGACUCCAAGGCAAGCCCCGCGACGAAGCGAACGGCAUCCUCGAUGUCCGUCCGCUCGACUGCGUCUACGUCCCCGACCGCACCUAGACGAGUUAUUUCGAGGCAAGCAUCGGGUGCUCCCUCUGUGCGUUCUGUGUCGACCACCUCUAGGGAGGUCUCCGGGACGGUCAAAGGGAAGGGCAGACCGAGCGUGAUUGUUACGCACGGGAAGCAGGCGAGUGUCGUCUCCACGAGCAGUGCUGCUACUCUGAAACGGAAGAGUUCAACGGAAACGAUCAAGGAAGCGCCGGCGCCGCAACUACCUCGUGGCGCUACACUGGACAUCGGCAUUCCGUGCAUCAUCUCGUCAAAGAAAGCCCGUUUCCGUGCCUUUGCGCGCUACAUUGGCGAGGUGGAGGGCGAGCUAGGGCCGUGGGUUGGAGUAGAGGUGCCGAUGAACGACACAUGGCCAGGCGAGAAGCUCGAGGGUCGUGCAUGGCAUGAUGGCACAUGGGGUGGCAUUCGAUAUUUCGACAUCGGCUCUUCGAGCGAUUGGGACUACGAUGAUGAUCGUGCGGCAAGACGUCGGAAGUUCGACUGGGCCAGUGGAGGUAAAGGAACACUAAAGCGAGAAGGAGAUCAGCUGAGCAUUGACCGGGCGAAGAGAAUGCGGAGUGUAUCGCCCGCAGUGUCUGAUGUCUCGAACUCCGAAUCGAGAGGACUGUUCGUCAGGCCGCAACAGGUUCUCUACGUCGUCGACGCUGUUGGUUCGGAUCUUUGA